AUGCAUGCCUUCACACUCUCUCUCCUUGCCCCCUUCUCGCCCCCUCCCACCCCGCUUCCUCCGACUCUCCUCGCUUUCGCAAAAUCGCAGAAUAUAAAAUUUGAAAGGAAUGCUUCUCCCUCCGUUUUGCCGCCCCGCAUAUCCCCCCAUUCCCCCGUCGCUCCCCCCUCACCCCAUUCCUUGAUAAUCCCUUGCUCCGCUUCUCCUCAUCAUCCCCAUUUCGCUCACGCCUCGCCCCUCGCGCUCAUCCUUUUCCUCCCUCCGCUGAUCCCCUUUCUCCCCUGUGUUGAUUCCUUUUCCCCACUGCGCUCAUCCUUAUCGCCCUCAGCUUUUAUUCCUCCAACAUUUAUCGCUCAUCUCCCCCGCCCGCGCUGCUCAUCCCCAGGCACUUAUCCCUCAUUCCCCUGCUCCCAUCAUCCCCCCCGUGCACUCCCUUCAUCCCCACUGCGCUCAUGCCUCCUCUCCCUCCUGCACUCAUCCCUUUCCCCAUCCCUCAUUCCUUCCCCCUGCGCUCACCCUUCAUUACCCCUGCAGCACUCACGACUCGUUCCCCUUGCCUUACCCUCAGCCCUCCUCCCUUUCUCCCUCUCACCCCUCAUUCCUCUUGCCUUCCCCUCUGCCCCCCUAUGCGUAUCCCUCGUUUCCCCCGCACCUGUACUUCCCCCUGCGCCCAUCCCCCAUUCCCCCUGUGCUCACCCUUUUCGCGUGCGCUCAUCCCUCAUCCCCCCUUUCCCUCACCUCCCCCCUGCCCUCAUCCCUCAUUUCCCAUGCGCCAUCCCUCGUUUCCCCAACGCAACAUUCUCCCCUUGUUCCCCUGCAGAAAUCACCCCUUAA